UCGUUGGCUCGCAUAGAAGGGAGAAAGGUAGCAAAGAUGGAGACCAUCGUGGCCGUCUCGUCUUCUGCUUCGCCUUCCGACAAGCUCAUAUCCUCCUCCUCCUCUCUAUUGCCGCAUGGGUUUCUCUUCCCCUCCUCGUCUCCCCGCCGGCUCGCGGUGGCCCCCUCGAGGAGGCAAACUCGCGCCCCCCUUCGAGCCGCCGCCGCUUUGGGUCGCCGGCGGACCCUGUCGGAGGGGUGGGAUCUCUCGGGUUCGGUACCGGGGGCUUUUCGGAUGCCACGUUUCGAGGAGAUGGAUACCACCAACACGCUCCUCCGGCAGCGCAUCGUCUUCUUGGGCUCCCAGGUGGAUACCAUGACUGCUGAUUUGAUUAUCAGCCAGCUCUUACUUCUGGAUGCAGAAGACCAAAAAAAGGAGAUUAAAUUGUUCAUAAAUUCACCCGGGGGUUCUGUGACAGCUGGAAUGGGAAUAUAUGAUGCUAUGAAAUUGUGCAAGGCUGAUGUUUCCACCAUUUGCUUGGGUCUUGCGGCAUCUAUGGGAGCAUUUCUGCUAGCGGCUGGAACAAAAGGAAAAAGAUUUUGCAUGCCAAAUGCUAGAGUCAUGAUCCAUCAACCGCUAGGAACAGCUGGAGGCAAAGCAACAGAGAUGGGGUUGCAGAUUAAAGAGAUGGUGUACCAUAAAAUAAAGAUGAACAAGAUAUUAUCGAGAAUUACUGGAAAAACUGAACAGCAGAUUGAACUUGAUACUGACCGUGACAACUUCAUGAAUCCCUGGGAAGCGAAGGAAUAUGGAUUGGUAGACGCCGUCAUAGAUGAUGGAAAACCGGGCCUAGUUGCACCAAUUGCGGAGGCUACACCUCCACCAAAAACCCGUGUGUGGGACUUGUGGAAAGUUGAUGGUAGUAGAAAAGCCAGGCAGAACCUACCUUCAGAGGAGAAACUCUCACAAAAUGGGUAUAAAGUCGACAGCAAUGGUGAUGAGGAUAGAGGCAAAGAACAACCAAAGGAGGAACCAACAACCGUAUGAAGCAAAUGAAGAGAGCUCCACUGACUCGUCGGCCUACAAAGAAAUCUCGGAGAUCACCGAAGUUCUGGGGCUUGGGUACUUGCAAAGUGAAGGUGGCAUCCUAUUUCAAACUUCUAGUUAGUAGAUUGUUGUGACAUCACUGUGCUGCUUUUGUCAAGUUCAUACUAAGACAGCAAGAGUUGUUUUGGCUGUCAUGACUUGAUUCCUCACUAAUAGUUCUCUUCUUUCACCA